GCGACCUCCGACGACGACAAUCUCGACAAAUAAGCCACCAUGAAGCUUAACAUUUCGUACCCCGCCAACGGCUCGCAGAAGCUCAUCGAGAUUGAGGAUGAGCGCCGUCUCCGUGUCUUCAUGGACCGCCGCAUGGGCCAGGAGGUUCCCGGUGACUCCGUCGGUGACGAGUGGAAGGGUUACGUCUUCAAGAUCACCGGUGGCAACGACAAGCAGGGUUUCCCCAUGAAGCAGGGUGUCAUGCACCCCACUCGUGUCCGUCUCCUCCUCGCUGACGGCCACUCUUGCUACCGCCCCCGCCGUACCGGUGAGCGCAAGCGCAAGUCCGUCCGCGGCUGCAUCGUUGCCAUGGACCUGUCCGUCCUUGCCCUCGCUGUUGUCAAGCAGGGUGAGAACGACGUCCCCGGCCUUACCGACGUUGUCCACCCCAAGCGUCUCGGCCCCAAGCGUGCCACCAAGAUCCGCCGCUUCUUCGGUCUCAGCAAGGAUGAUGAUGUCCGCAAGUUCGUCAUCCGCCGCGAGGUCCAGCCCAAGAAGGAGGGUGCCAAGCCCUACACCAAGGCUCCCCGUAUCCAGCGCCUCGUUACUCCCCAGCGUCUCCAGCACAAGCGUCACCGCAUGGCCCUCAAGCGCCGCAACGCCGAGGCUUCCAAGGACGCCGCCGCCGAGUACGCCAACAUCCUCCACAAGCGUGUUGCCGAGGCCAAGAGCCAGCAGCAGGAGAUGAAGAAGCGCCGUGCUUCUUCCAUGCGCAAGUAAACUUGCCAUCUCACCGCAAAAUAGGAUGGGUUAAGCACAAGGCACAACAACCGACAAGGCAAAAGACGUCAAGUCUAGCCAUGUCAAGGUCAAGAGUCAUGUCCACUGCAAUUCGGCUUCGUGGGAGUCGGGAAAUGGUCGUCACUGGAAUGUGCAACGAACAAGAAAGAGGGCAUCAUAAAAGCGUUUGGGAGUUCGUUUUUUUACAAUGCUCUUAUGAACAUUCCAAAGGUCUCUCAAAAAACUUCGAAAAUUUUCUUCAUCAAUGUUCAAAAACUCCCCUGGAAUUAUGUCGCUCGAUACCACCAACUGGGUUUCUUUUGUGUAACAACCUCGAUCUACCUCUGCCUUUGUAUGUGAUGUGAUCUGUAGCUACAUGGAUUGCUCGAAGUAUUUCGACAGAUUUGGCACAAUCUUUCUCAUCUUCUCGCUUUCAUCUCUUUGUCCUGUCGCUUUAUUCACGUAUCCAAUUCCUCAUUGUCGUCGAUCUCUCCGCU